ACUAGUCAAACGUUUCUACAAACACUUGGUCGGCGAAAACAAUUAAUUAUUAAAACCAAGCUAUCAUCCAUGGCUUCUUUCUCACUGCCCCUGCAUUCCACACCAAUUCCUAGCCGACCCACUUCUUCAAUCUCCCCCAUCUCCAAAACCCACUCCCAAAUUUCCUUCCUUCGAAAUCCCAAUCCUUCCUUUGCAUCCAAAGCGUCGUCAAACAACCCACAAUUUGCAAGGCGAGACCUUCUCAUCGGAGGGCUAGCAAUAUACGGCGGAUCAAAGAUGAGCGAAAUCACAGGGAAUUCCGGUGAAUCGGCGGCCGCCGAGACUACUCCAAACAGGGUCGUCGAACUCAGUGAGUUCCCGAUCACUCUGGACUCGGUUAUCAGCGUGAACGUGCCGCGGCCAAAGAAGUCGAGGACCAAGGCGGAAAAGGAAGAGGAAGAGGAGGUGCUGGCGAUUCAGGGGAUCGAGUUCGUAGCGGGCGACACCGUGAAGUUCGACGUUCACGUGAACGACGACGAGGACGCGCUGAGUCGACCCGACAAGGCCGAGUUCGCCGGGAGCUUCGUGUAUUUGCCGCACAAGCGGAAGGAGGUGAGGACGAGCCUCCGCCUUGGGAUAACGGACUUGCUGGAGGACUUGGGCGCUGACGGCGACGACAGCAUUAAGGUUACCUUGGUGCCUAAGAAUAUCAAACGGCCCGUUACCGUCCGUCAGAUCAAGAUCGAGGGUCUGAAGUAGGGGUGCGCAGAGAGAUAUUCGUGUGUGCUGAGAUGAUUUCACGUGCAAAAUAGCAGACUUGCAAAAAUAAAAAAGCACUUGAACUAAGUUUUAUUAUGUUUUUAUGUAUUUAAUUAGUUGUUUGCAUUGUAUUUUCUCUUAUUAAUGAAUUCUGUAUUUAUGUUC